AUGUACUCCAAGAACAGUCGUGGUUACAAUGAGGAAGACGUGCCUGAGAAGAAAAGGUUUCGGGCCAAUCUUUCGGAUGCUUUUUUGUCUGGGCAGAUCACAGCUGCCAGGACAGCUUCCCUUUUCAAGGGUGCUCAAUCUUCUGGUGCCAGUGGUGUGGACGACUUGGCCGCUGUACAAGACAAGAAUGCAGCCAGAAGCCUAAGAAGGAAAAUGUUGAAGGGGUCCCACUGGCCAGACUGCUACUAUGCCGACAUAGAGCUGCAUGACCCCAAGCUGCAGGAGAACCGCCAGGAUGUGCUGCAAGAGGAUGCUGAGCUGAUUGGGAAGUUUUCUUUGUCGUGCCAGCCAGCGAGAGAUCCAGCGACAUUUCUGCCACUGGGGCUCUGGAAUGACGGGGUGCCUUGCAAUUGGGACAGGUCCCAAAGCUUGGAAGUUAUAGCUCUAAGUUUCCCAUCCAUUCCUGGCCUUCGAGUGCCGCUGUUCUGUCUGAAGAAGAUGUUUGAAGCCAAGAAGUGUACCAUGGAUGCAGCCAUGAAGGUUUUGGUGUGGAGUUUCGAGCAGCUGGCUCUUGGAAGGUAUCCUUCUCGAAGGCAUGAUGGCAGCCCCUUCGAUUUACGGGUCGACAAGGCACGUCUUCGUCUAGCUGGGUCAGAUUUGCCAGUUGCUUGUUUGACACAAAUCAGGGGCGACUGGAAAAUGUUCAAGGAUACCCUUUCCCUGCCAGCACACAACGAAAACAAUGGUUGCUGCUGGCUUUGUCCCAUGACACCUGAUAAAGUGCACGAGGUGGAUUUGCAGGCCUCCUGGAGACAUCAAUAUUUUGAUCAGGAGACCUUUAUCAUGAGGUGCUGGGAGGAGCACAGGUUCAUGAGUGCUGUGUGGCAGUUUCCAAAUUUUUGUCUCAAAGUCAUCAGGUUGGAUUGGCUGCAUAUUAUGGAUUUGGGUUGUGCUGCAGAUGCUGCUGGGAAUGUUCUGUACCACCUGCAAAGCAAGAUGCCUGGUUCCAAUAUUACCAAGCGAACUGCAGAGCUCUACAAAGAGAUUUCGCAGGAGUACAAGAACCAGGGUGUCGCAUCCGAUCGACUGGCCACAUUGACAGAGACCAUGUAUCGCAAGGAAGCUGGAAAAGCUCCAAAGCUCAAAGCCAAAGGUGCAGAAACCAGAAAGUUGAUACCUAUUUUGGAUGCUGUGUGCCGAAAGUUUUUGGACAGCUCAGGGGAUCUGGAUUCUGCAGUUUUGGCUUGCAUCUCUUUGCUUUUGGCAUGCUAUGCGGCUCUGGAUGUCGAGCCCUACGACCCCAGCGUCAUGGAGCGAGAGGUGCGGAAGACUGGACAUGACCAUCAUGGUGCGGAAGACUGGACAUGGCACGCGUCAAACAUGGACGUUACCAUGUGCGGAAGACUAGACAUGAUCUUGCUGCACGUGUCAAACAUGGUGCGGAAGACUGGACAUGGUCUUGCUGCACGCGUCGAACACGGUGCGGAAGACUGGACAUGGUGCAGAAGACUGGACAUGGUCUUGCUGCACGCGUCAAACAUGGACGUUACCAUGUGCGGAAGACUAGACAUGAUCUUGCUGCACGUGUCAAACAUGGUGCGGAAGACUGGACAUGCUCUUGCUGCGUGCGUCGAACACGUCAGGAAUUGGGUUCGGCUGUUGGCCAAGCUGCGGAAGGUACGAAAGUACCAGGGGUUCUUCCGCAACCUGGGGCUGAGGCUGCAGGACUUCCCGCGAAGCCGUUUGGAUAGGCUCUCGAGGAUCCUUGGUGCGCACACGUCUCGGGAUCUGCCUUGCCUGGACGGAAUGGCGACGGGAUCUGCCAAUCCCGGACAGACCAGGGAGCAGCUUCUUAUGAGGCUGCUGCAGACGCAGCAAGAGCAAAUGGGACAGCUUCAGAGGCUGUUGGAACAGGGUCAGAGACCACGAGGAACGGUGGUGGACACCAAGGCUAGGCCGGGCCCGAGAAGCCACGAGGAACCCUGGAAGAAGCCUCCACAUCCAUGGCGCCACAAGCCAGUUCCCGGAGACCCGGAGAUCCUUGUCUGGGCUCGGACCCAGGAUGAGGAAAUCACAGCUGCAAAGCUUACGGAGACAGCGAUCGAGGGGAUCACAAAGGACAAGCUUCAGGAGUUCAAUCGGCAGCUAGAGGUUGUCCUGGGUACACUUACUAUGGACGUCACCUCCCCUCUCCACCGGGAGGAAGAAUUGCAGCAGAAGGAUUCGGACGGUGCAGCUGGCACGGUCCUUCAUCUGCCGCUGACUGCCAUCCGAUCCGCCGAGCAGCCCCUUGUGCCCAGCGGCCUAUCCUUCCUGGAUCCCCACCGGCCAAACAAGGUGGAGCAGCUACUUCGCAUGCUGCAGGAUGCGCCGCAACAAGCAAGAGCAGCUCCUGGAUCCCCGCCUGCCAAACAAGCGGUGGAGCAGGUUCUUCGCAUGCUCCUCCUCGCCACGGGUCAGUCAGAGCCAUGGGAUCCGAAGGCCUGGCAGGUUUCCUGA